AUGGAUAAUCGAACUGUCAAUGAUGAACUUUAUUCAAUAGUUUAUCAAGGUGACAUAUUAAAUGAACUUGAUACACGUCUAAAAUCAUUGCCUGAUAUUGAUAAGACUCUUAACUUCUUCUAUGAACGAGAUAAUCAAUAUAUAAAUUUACUAAUGUUAGCCGCUUUACAUGGCCAUGAUACGGUGGCACACAUUUUACUUUCUCAUUCUUCUAAUGUUAAACAUUUAGUAGAACUUACUGGUAUUGUAUAUGGUACUAAUGGAAUCCGUACAUUUCAUACUACUGCAUUGUGGUGUGCUUGUGAUCGAGGUUAUUAUACAGUAGCUCGUAUACUUAUCGAAGUAGGACGAGCUAGUGUUUAUCAUGGUCCAAGAAAUCCAUUAUUGAUCGAUGCUACGAUUAAUGAACGUUUUGAUACGAUUCAAUUUUUAAUUGAAAAUGGUUAUGUGGAUAUAAAUCGAACAAAAGAAAAUAAUCAUCCUAAAUACAAUAGUCUAAUGAUUUCUGCUGCUCGUGGUCAUACAAAGAUUGUUGCCUAUCUCCUUGAAAAAGGUGCCAAGAUAGAUUAUAAAACACGAAUAUAUAAUGAUACAGCCUUAGGAUGUGCUGCUAUGCAUGGUCAUUUAGCUAUAGUACAAUUAUUAUGUUCUGCAGGUGCUUCGACUAAUAUGAAGAAUAGUAUUGGAGAAACACCAUUGAUGUUAGCAUUCAAAAAUAGUUAUUUACAUGUUGUUGACUAUCUUUUAAAUCUCACAGACAAUGAAUUAUGUAUUGAAGAGCUUGAGAUCAUCGCUUGUUCAUUCAUCAUACCAACGAGAGGUAUCAGUAACUAUCAACCACAAUAUGUAAAAAUGAUAGAUUUAAUUCG